AUGUAUAUUUGUGAAAUUGUUUCUUCUAUUCGUAAUAAAGAAAAAAUUAAUAUCUAUGGUUAUAUGAUGCUUAAAGACAAAAAUAGAAAUCAUAGAUAUUAUUGGUACUGUGAAAAAUGUGAUAUUUUAAAAUGCAGUGAACGAGCAACCACUAUAUUAACUGAAGACCAACACCACCUUGUAAAAAAUUCUGAACAUAAUCAUGCUGCAGAAGCUAGCCGGGUUAAUGUUAUCAAAAAAAUUAAUAUAUUGAAAAAAAGGGCUCAGCAAAGCAAUGAUCAACCUGCACAGGUUAUUCAAACUAUUAUAUCUAAUAGUACAAAUGAAGUAUAUCCUUAUCUUCCAUCACAUGAUGCACUUCGUCAA